UUUAUAGUUGUUUAGUUAAAAAUAGAAGGGGAUGUCUAAGAGGGCCCAAACAUGGGCCGGGCCUGCGGGUCAUGUCACUGCCAACCCUAAUACGGAGGCGAUGGCCGCGUUUCAAGGAGGACGGCGCGGCACCGGGGUGAACUCCAACAAUUGGCAGCAGAGGUACCAAACUAUGCGGGCCAACAAGUUGAAGGGGGACGUAGUGGAGAGAAACAAUUCCAACACUGGAAACCUGGAGAGAGGACAGCGUCCUGGAGCCUUCACUAUGAUGAAGAACUUUUACCAGGGUUAUUCUAACCCGGAGACAAGAGCGGAUACUUUGAGACACGGCUGUGCUGUGGACCGUUCCACAAAAUUCGCUGAUAACGAGUUCUUCGGACCUGACGGAGCAACUACCGCUAAAAAGGGUGGAACGUUGCCUGGAGAUGCAGAGAUCCACACUGACGGUGAGAGAAAUAUAGGAGAGGGGUUUGUUGCAGAUUUAAUGGACAGGGAGUAUAUUACUUUAAAUAAGCUGCCUCCGGACGUCAGAAAGCAGCUACGAGUCAAGUUUGACAACAGACCAUACUUUACCUCGUGGGUAAUGUUUGUUAACAUUGUCAUCGUCAUUAUCACCCUGGUAACGCAAAAUAUAGCUCCUAUUGGCUUUACAGAUAAGGAAGUAAGAAGACAGCUGCUGAGACAUAACCUAGCGUACGAGACUAUUGGAUACAACCAAACAACCAACUUCUGGAUAGGUCCUGACUAUCAGAGUCUCAUUCAUCUGGGGGCGAAAUAUUCUCCUUGUAUGAGAAAAGACAAGGCAUACUUUGAGAAGAUAGCAGAUGACGCAGCAGUUGAGGACACGUCUGGUUGCUGUAUAAGGAAGGAUCUGAACGCCUGCUGGCAAACUGAGAGGUCAAAGUGUACGUCAUCAUUUGCAGAGUUUAAAGAUGACAAGGUAUGUGGGCUAGGAAAAGAUGGUUGUCUGAACGAAGCUUAUUCUAACGAUUCACUUUGGGAGGGAUCAUAUUCAACCUGGCCUGACUGUCCGGUGAAAGAAGAGUAUAAAGAGGACAUUAAGAACUUGAAGGUACCAAACGAGCAUUUACUGUGUGAGGUUUCAGCUAGACCCUGUUGUAUUGGCCUUCAGGGAGAGUGCACUAUCGUCUCUCAGGAAGAGUGUCAGUUCAGAAAAGGAUUCUUCCACGAAAACGCAACUCUCUGCUCUCAAGUGAGCUGUGUGACAGAUAUUUGUGGAUUGUCAGGUUUCUUGUUUGACGACAUUCCAGACCAGUUCUACCGAGCAUUACUCCCUACAUUCAUGCACGCUGGAAUUAUACAUCUCGUCAUCACGUUAGUUUUCCAAGCCACCAUAUUGAGGGACAUGGAGAAGUUUGCAGGCUGGUGGAGGAUUGGUUUUAUCUACUUCGCUAGUGGAAUUGGAGGCACCAUGCUAUCUGCCAUCCUUAUCCCUUACCAACCCGAGGUGGGCGCAUCAGGAGCACUGUACGGUGUGUUAGCAUCUCUGAUAGUGGAGGUUGUGGUGAACUGGAAGAUCUACAAGUCCCCAAUCCUGGAGCUGGCUAAACUCCUUCUCCUAGUCGCCCUCUUGUUCCUGGCCGGUCUGCUUCCUUGGAUUGAUAACUUCGCUCAUAUCGGAGGCUUCUUGUUCGGUUUUCUGACAUCGUUUGUGAUCCUGCCCCAUGUCAAUUUCUCGGAGGAAGACAGAAUCGCUAAACUGGUGGUUCAGAUUGCGUGCGGAGUGUUGAGUGUUGUGUUGUUUGCUCUGCUCUUCAUCGUCUUCUAUCUGGCUCAGGGCUCAACAUGCGAGAACUGCAUCUACAUUAACUGCAUCCCGUUCACUGACAGUUUCUGUCAAGACGCGACAAUGGAAUUGAGACCGAGAGUCGGAAACUAAAAACAGAAAGUCCUUUGCAAACCUUGCAGACAGUUGUGUUUCCGAGCUUAGCCAGGAGUUAAGCUAGAGGCGGUUAUAUCUAAAAACUUUGUUUGAGAUUUUUCACUGCUUCAAGGCUGAGUUGGUUCAAUUUGGAAGAUUGUUUCGCUGCGUAAAACUUGCGACAGCAUUCUGUUGAGUCUAUCAUGCAGUAUUAAUCGUGAAACAUAUUUAGUUGUAGACACUGAAUAGAAGGGCUAAGCUGCGAAAUAAGGUCGUUUUUUAUUAAUCUUUGAAAGUUUAGGUAUGCGUUUAUUUGCUGUGGGUAUUGUUUUUGAGAUUUGUAUAAUUAGAAAAAUAAAUAGAACUGCCGCGUACUAGCUUGGAGCAGAAUUACUUAAUUUGAUAUGCUAGUGUUUACUGUUUACAUCCGUGUUGUAAUAAUAUUUAAUAACAUUCUUGCAAAUUUUGAUACCGUUUUAAUAUCGAUAUUCGAUUUGUGCAUCAAAUAAAACUAUAAAAUGCGAGGAAUUUUCUCAUGGGGGUAGACCAUUGCAUCCUGAUUUAAUUCAUAUUUCAAAAGAUAAUGUUUUAUCUAUUUCAGUUUUUGUGUUAUUUCUUGGGUAAGCUUUUGGCCCAAUAAAUCAAGUCGAAUCAAGUACAAACGCCUAUUUUCUGUUAGGUUGUGCAGUCUAUUAUGUUUUAGACGAUCGCAAAAUUUAAGGCACAUUUUAUCAUGAUCACUGGUGACAUGUUGAUUGGCUGAUUCAAUCUUGCAGAAUGGUAUUUUGUUAUAUAAAGUUAACGAAUCUUUUUCUUCUUUGUGUACUGUAGAAUUUGUAUUCCGAGUAAGGAAUUUAUUAAUCAUUGUAA